CAGCGACCGACCCGGCGCGCCUCAAGAUGGCGGCUGACAGUGAGCCCGAGUCCGAAGUAUUUGAAAUCACAGACUUCACCACUGCCUCGGAAUGGGAAAGGUUUAUUUCUAAAGUUGAAGAAGUCUUGAAUGACUGGAAACUGAUUGGAAACUCUUUGGGAAGGCCACUUGAAAAGGGUGUAUUUACUUCUGGCACAUGGGAAGAGAAAUCAGAUGAAAUUUCCUUUGCUGACUUCAAGUUCUCAGUCACUCACCAUUAUCUUGUACAAGAGACCACUGAUAAAGAAGGAAAGGAUGAAAUAUUAGAAGAUGCUAUUCCACAAUCUAUGCAAGAUUUGCUAUGUAUGAAUAAUGACUUUCCUCCAAGAGCACAUUGCCUGGUAAGAUGGUAUGGUCUACGUGAGUUUGUGGUGAUUGCCCCUGCUGCACACAGUGAUGCAGUUCUCAGUGAAUCUAAGUGCAACCUUCUUCUGAGUUCUGUCUCUAUUGCUUUGGGAAACACUGGCUGUCAAGUACCACUCUUUGUGCAAAUUCAUCACAAAUGGCGAAGAAUGUAUGUUGGAGAAUGUCAAGGUCCUGGUGUCCGAACUGAUUUUGAAAUGGUUCAUCUUCGAAAAGUGCCAAAUCAGUACACUCACUUGUCGGGUCUAUUGGAUAUCUUCAAAUCAAAGAUUGGAUGUCCUUUAACUCCAUUGCCUCCAGUUAGUAUUGCUAUUCGAUUUACCUAUGUGCUUCAGGAUUGGCAGCAGUACUUUUGGCCUCAGCAACCUCCAGAUAUAGAUGCCCUUGUAGGAGGAGAAGUUGGAGGCCUGGAGUUUGGCAAGUUACCAUUUGGUGCCUGUGAAGAUCCUAUUAGUGAGCUCCAUUUAGCAACUACAUGGCCUCAUCUGACUGAAGGAAUCAUUGUGGAUAAUGAUGUUUAUUCUGAUUUGGAUCCUAUUCAAGCACCCCAUUGGUCUGUUAGAGUUCGAAAAGCUGAUAAUCCUCAGUGUUUGCUAGGUGAUUUUGUCACUGAAUUUUUUAAAAUUUGCCGUCGAAAGGAAUCAACUGAUGAGAUUCUUGGACGAUCCACAUUUGAGGAAGAAGGAAGAGAAAUUGCAGAUAUAACUCAUGCGUUGUCAAAGUUGACAGAGCCAACACCAGUUCCAAUUCAUAAAUUAUCAGUUUCAAAUAUGGUACACACUGCAAAGAAGAAAAUACGAAAACACAGAGGUAUAGAAGAGUCACCAUUAAACAAUGAUGUCCUCAAUACUAUUCUCUUGUUCUUAUUCCCAGAUGCUGCUUCUGAGAAACCAUUAGAUGGAACUACUUCAGUAGACAACAGUAAUCCUCCGUCAGAGAGUGAAGACUAUAAUCUCUACAAUCAGUUCAAAUCUGCACCAUCUGACAGUUUAACAUACAAAUUGGCUUUGUGUCUUUGUAUGAUCAAUUUCUACCAUGGAGGCUUAAAAGGAGUGGCACACCUCUGGCAGGAAUUUGUUCUUGAAAUGCGCUUCAGAUGGGAAAACAACUUUUUGAUUCCAGGGUUAACAAGUGGACCCCCAGAUCUAAGAUGUUGUUUACUGCAUCAGAAACUACAGAUGUUAAAUUGUUGUAUUGAAAGAAAGAAGGCCCGUGAUGAGGGGAAAAAUGUAACUAACACAUAUCCAGGGAAUGCUGGAAAAGCUGCAGACCAGUUGGGGCCAGACCAUCGUAAAGAUACAGAUAAGGAAAAGGGAGAGGUGGGGAAAUCUUGGGAUUCCUGGAGUGACAGUGAUGAAGAAUUUUUUGAGUGCCUAAGUGACACUGAAGAACUGAAGGGAAAUGGACAAGAGAGUGGCAAAAAAGGAGGACCUAAGGAAAUGGCAAAUUUAAAGCCAGAAGGACGUCUUCAUCAGCAUGGGAAACUUACACUGCUACAUAAUGGAGAGCCUCUCUACAUUCCAGUUACUCAGGAACCAGCACCUAUGACAGAAGAUCUGCUAGAAGAGCAGUCUGAGGUCUUAGCUAAAUUAGGUACAUCGGCAGAAGGGGCUCACCUUCGAGCACGCAUGCAGAGUGCCUGUCUGCUCUCAGAUAUGGAAUCUUUUAAGGCAGCUAAUCCAGGAUGUGUUCUGGAAGAUUUUGUGAGAUGGUAUUCACCCCGGGACUACAUUGAAGAGGAGGUGAUUGAUGAAAAGGGUGAUGUGAUUCUAAAAGGAGAGUUGAGUGCCCGAAUGAAGAUUCCAAGCAAUAUGUGGGUAGAAGCCUGGGAAACAGCUAAACCAAUUCCUGCUAGAAGGCAAAGACGGCUCUUUGAUGAUACACGUGAAGCAGAAAAGGUGCUACACUACCUAGCAUUCCAGAAACCUGCAGACCUCACUCGGCACCUGUUACCUUGUGUGAUUCAUGCAGCUGUACUCAAGGUAAAGGAAGAAGAAACUCUGGAAAAUAUUUCUUCUGUUAAGAAGAUUAUAAAGCAGAUCAUAUCUCAUUCCAGUAAAGUUUUGCACUUCCCUAAUCCAGAAGACAAGAAAUUGGAAGAGAUCAUCCAUCAAAUUACUAAUGUGGAAGCUAUAAUUGCUAGAGCCCGGUCCUUGAAAGCCAAAUUUGGAACUGAGAAAUGUGAACAAGAGGAGGAAAAGGAAGAUCUUGAACGGUUUGUGAGUUGCCUGUUGGAACAGCCUGAAGUGUUAGUCACCGGGGCAGGAAGAGGACAUGCUGGCAGGAUCAUUCACAAGUUGUUCGUGAAUGCUCAGAGGCUGACUGAAUCUUCUGAUGAGGCUGCAGCCAUGGCUCCACCAGAGGAGGAACUGAAGAGAGUGGGCUGCCCAGAGGAAAGAAGGCACAACUCGGUGUCCGACUUCCCUGCUCCUGCUGGCCGGGAACUCAUCUUGCGCACCACCGUGCCACGCCCUGCACCUUACUCCAAAGCUCUGCCUCAGCGGAUGUACAGCGUUCUCACCAAAGAGGACUUUAGACUUGCAGGUGCCUUCUCAUCUGAUACCUCCUUCUUUUGAGUCUCCCAGCAUUACCUCAGUGGGGGCUUCAGAGGCACUGCCGCCUGCUUCCGUGGGAAGGAAUGCUGGGAAAAUCUGAAAGGCCUUACAGCAGAUGGCCCUGCCCAACUGAGCUGAGAUCAGGAGGCACACCAGCAUCCAAAGGACUUUGCACCACCAAGCUUAGGCUCUCUUGUACCUUGGUAGGGCAGAGGGAAUGGACUUGAGUUGUUGAAAGAUUUCUGACUCAAAAGAUGGACUUUGUGUAUGGGGGAAACCAGAAAUCAGGAGGAGCUCUGUCCUCACUCUUCUGGGAUAGUUUAUCUCUUUCUCCUCUGUGACUGUCCUCUGGGCCAUUACUUGCAUUCAUAGUCUGUGUAAACACUUAAUGGUUGUAUUUAUUAGGAUCAAGUAUGCAAAAUAUAGUAUCUGUUAAUUCAAAUUUCUGGUAUUUUGGUGGUAGCUUCUAGUCCCAGAAUCUGUGUUUUUAAAUUACUACAUACAUGACCAUAUUCUGUUUAUUCAAUCAUCUGGUGGUCAUCUGUAUUAUACUGAUUAACUUUUUGUGUAUGUGUGUGUGGUGCUAAGGGUUGAACCUAGGGCCUUGUGCAUGCAAGGCAAGCACCCUACCAACUGAACUAUAUCCCCAGCCCCACUAACUAACUUUUGAUGAACAUUUAGAAUAUUCUAGGAAAAAUCCUAAAAUUUCAAUUUGUUUUUCCAUGUGACUAACCUAAAUGUACUCCUUCUUAUAAAACUGUACAUUAAAUGUCACUGUACAUUAGUUCUGCAUAUAUCUUGUAAGAUUUGUUUUGUCAUUGGUUCUCCUUUAGGUUGCCUAAGUUACCAGCCUGUAAAGUUCUCCUUUCUCUUGCCGUGCAGCAUGCUGUCCUCUUUGGCAGUUGCUGCUGGGUACUGUAUUUAAUGAAGUAGAGAUGAGCACAUGCUAAAAGUAGAGCUUUGUUACAUAGAGACGAUCAUGCAGUUAGUAUAAUUUGAUAUGUGUGCUAAUGUAAUGAGUAGAGGAUUACUUUAAUGCACUAUUUUGCUUUUGCAUUUUAGUUAAAAUGAAAAUAAUCUCUGGGGAUGUAGAGCACCCAGGGUAAGGAUAACACCACUGUAUUUUUAGUUUUGUGAGGAUUAGGAUGUAUUCAGUCUCUGAUGCUAUAUGGCCUCUGUUUAGCAAUCUUAAAUUAUUUUUAGGUCUAAAAUUCCCACUUUAAUCCAAAGUAAAAAAUUAUUACACUGAA